AUGCCUGCAACCCCAAGUGAAUCCAGCCUCUCAGAGUUGGAUUCAAGCCUAUCUGCACUCAGCCUCCUCUCCGACUCUGAUAACGAGCCCCUGAUUAACCGGCACCCUGUGCACCCCCAACCUCCAGAAGAACCAAUGAAGGCUACCUUGGUUCCACACUCUGACUCAGACGAUGAGCCCCUGAUUAAAUGGCGCACAGCGCAACCCCUACCGCUGGAACCUACGCAGGCCACCCUGGUUGAUUCCGACAAUGAGCCCCUGAUAAACCGGCACCCAGUAGCUGGGAAAUCAUCUGUUCGGAACAUUCCUGCUAAGAAGAAACGGAUAAGGAAAAAAACUUUGUAUGUCCUCCAAUCCUAUGCUCAGUUAGCAAAGACCUCAAUUUUAUGCUUUUGCUAA